AGUUAUCGGUCAAAAGGGGGGGCCAGACGAAAACUUUACGUCAAAAAGAUUUCAGCUCCGAGAGCUGAAAUCUCAUCCGAAAUCUUUUUGACAGCAACCCGAAAACUCAAAAUGACAGCAUUGUAGGUGUCAACAGGAAAAGAAAGAGCAUUAUCACAACAAAACAAAAUAAAACAAAACAAGCAUAAAGCCGGCAUUGUAAAACAGAACCAAACAAAACAUUUAACAAAAUGAAUGUAAAUCAGAGCGGAUCAGGACCGGGAACGGCGUCAGGACAGCGAUCGAAAUCGGUACAGCAAUCGGGACCUGGACCAGCAACGAUAUCAGUAAUGGCACCGAUAUCAGGACGGGUACCGGUAUCAGUACUGGCACCGGUAUCAGGACGGGCACUGGCAUCAGGACAGGCACCGGUAUCAGGACGGGCUUCGGGAAUAGGGCUGGCAUCGGGAUCAGGCCUGGCAUCGGGAGCAGGACUGGCACCGGUAUCAAGACUGGCACCGAUUUCAGGACGGGCAUCGGGAUCAGGACGGGCACCGGUAUCAGGACUGGCUUCGGGAUCAGGCCUGGCAUUGGGAUCAGGACUGGCUUCGGGAGCAGGCCUGGCAUCGGGAUCAGGACUGGCUUCGGGAGCAGGCCUGGCAUCGGGAUCAGGACUGGCUUCGGGAGCAAGACUGGCUUCGGGAUCAGGACGGGAACCGCGUAAAUAUAUGCGAGAGGACGUGGAGCUCUGCUUGCGGAUGGCUAAUGCGGUAGAAAAACAAAACAUCAUCUACAAUAAAAAAUCUCCGCAUUAUAAAAACCGAGAUCGUCAAAAUGAUGCAUGGAUGUGUGUCGCAGAAGAGGUCGGGUUGACCAUGGCAGAGGCCAAAAAAAUGUGGCACAACAUGCUGGCCAAAUAUCGGUCAUACCGAUCCAAAGUGCGCCAGAGUAUGCAGACCGGGUCAGCCUACGCCGAAGUUUAUCGCCCGCGAUGGCCAGCCUGGGAUGCUUUGUCGUUUAUGAACGAUGCGUCGGAGGACGCUGAACAUGCAGACACGGUAAGAAUAAUCUGUUUUUUUGUUUCUGUUAAUCGAUCUACCGCACACUUUGUUAUUAAAUGUAUUAAUUGCACACUUUAAGAUAUGAAAUGUAUUAGCUCUUUCUUUUUUUGAAAAGUGGUUUUAUUAUGUUACAUUAUCGAUAAUAAUGUAAAAAAAACAUUUAGCCAUUGGCUAAAUAUUGUAAAUUAUAAAUUAUUUUCCUAACUACCACGUAGUGCGCAAAAUAAUGCGCAAAACCGUCACAGCCUUGAAAUUCAAUAGUUUCAUAUUUCGAAAUCGAAGGAAAUUAGUCGGUAGCUUGAUACCAUUUUCAUUAAAUAGUAUCAAACCGGCAUAGUUUUUGCUGUGGUGCAAUAAUGAGCAAUAAUUUGGUCGUGUGCAACAAUUGGCGAAUGCUUAUGGUUUUAAGGUGACCAUACAAAAUAAUAACUAAAAUGCAAACAGGGGUGCAAUAAGCUCAUCCAUUGGUUUAAUAACCAUGUGAUACAGGAUAAUAUGUUCACAAAAUUAUUUACCGUUGAAAUUAUCCCUAGAAUUACAUACUUUCAACGUGCUACUGUACCAACGUGUACCAUUUCUGUUACUUCAAUAACUUUUGCCCUAUGUGUUAUAUUAAAAAAGUUAUCUUUUUGCAUGCGUUGCAAAAUCAACUGAGUUUGUUACAAUUCAUGCGUGGUUUUAUACAUUGUUGUUGUUCUUAUAUGAUAUAUCUUUGAAAGCUCUAUGUUUUUUCGUGUUAUCUUGUUACAUGAUAUCAUUUCAAAUAGUUUUCGGAAGCAGCGUUGUCUUAAAUGGUAUAUUUAUAACAUACUAAUACCUUUUUACGUGCAACUUGCCCACUUUGGCCAAGACCAUGGUUUCAUAUCGCCCGGCAUCAUAUC